UCGUCUCUCUCGCCUUCCCCGUGUCCCCAAUCCGCUCCGGCCUCCGCCGCUCUUUCCUCGUCCCGUCGCGUGAUCCGCGGCCGCCGCGAUGCACGACCCGUCGGAGAUCCGCAACCUCCCCAUCGACAUCGCCUUCGGCCGCCUCCUGGAGUGGCUGGUCGACCGCAAGCGGGUGCCGCACGACUGGAGGAAACGCCUCGCCGGUAUACGAGCCCGGGUCGCCGCCGCCUUCGCCUCCCUGCCCCGUGACCUCCACCCCUCGCUCCUCGCCCUCGAGCCCGAAGAAAUUGGGUAUCUUGAAGCGAAGAAGAUAUACAGCAUCCUGCUGGACUCCAACACCGAGAGUCGCAACAUAUUUGGGCGCCUGACGGGAUCUGCGGGUGAAUGGGAGUCCAUCGUUAAAGCUUACGAGAAGGACCACGUCUUCCUUGGAGAGGCGGCGCAGAUCAUGGUCCAGAAUGUCAACUACGACAUUCCGUAUCAGAGGAAGCAGAUGCAGAAGACACAGCAGCAGCUUGCAGAACUCGACCGAAGGGAGGCUGACAUUAAGCGGCUCGCAGCUUUGUCGGCUAGCAGAUAUGUAGAAGCUUGCCAGGAGCUUGGUCUGCAGGGAAUGAAUGUGCGGGAAGAACUAAUAGAGUCUGCAAAAACACUUCCAUCUACAUUUAGCAAAAUCUUGGAAGUGCUGAACAGUGAUGCUGUCUCAAAGUCCAUUGAGUACUACACAACUUUUGUUAAGGACUGCCAUACCGAGGAUAAGGGAACCUGUGACUCUGUGCUACACAAUUUGAAACAGUUGCAGGCUAAUCCACCUUCCCUCCAUGUCUCAGUAUGUACCGAGGUGGAAGGUUCCCUUGGAGAGGCAUUGAAAUCUCAUGGGUCUACUGUGAGCGGAGGACAAAUCGCCUCAAAUAUCCCCGCAGAUGAUAUUGAUUGGGACAUUUCUGUGGAUGCUAAUGGAAUUGAUUGGGACAUUGGUGCUGUGGAACAAUCUGUCGAAGAAUCUGGUGACGGUUUUGGAUCGUAUGAAAUUAUUGACGCUAAUAUAGAGCUGGCAGGUUCUGAAAAUUAUAAUGUUAGUGUCUCAGAUAACCCAUCUGUGAACAAAGAGGGUCUUACAUCCAAUACAUCCGAAUCUGAGAUUUGCUGGGACAUCACUGCUGAUAAUUCUGAAGAAAUCGUGCAUGAUAAUGCUAAUAUGCAGAAUGCUCCAUCUGAAUUUGGGCAAUCUAAAAUGUUGGCUGAAGACAGAAGUUGGUUGCUGGAGAAGGAAUACAGGAAUGAUAUUCUGGAUGAUUUACUUGAGGUAAAAUCAUUUUUGACCCAACGUUUAGGGGAGAUGAGGAAUGCUGAUACAUCAUCUUUACAGCAUCAGGUGCAAGCUGUCUCACCUUUUGUUCUCCAACAGUAUGCUCCUGAUAGUUUGGAGAAUAUGCUUGUAGAAGUCUCCUCAGCAAUUUCUUUGCUCACUAACCAGAAGACUAUUGACCUUAUAAUGAUCCUUAACUCUAAAAGGUUUCUAGACAGAUUAGUGUCAACCCUAGAAGAGAAGAAACACCAUGAGGUAAAACUACGUGAAGGUUUAGGUGAUUUAUCUGUUAAGCGCAUGGAACUGCAAAACGCAAUGUCAUCAUCGUGGCCAAAACAAGAGGCAGCAAUUACGAAAACAAGGGAACUAAAGAAGCUGUGCGAGGUAACACUGUCAUCUCUUUUCGAUGGCAGGCCAGUGCAUGUAAUUGGAGAGAUCAAUACUUUACUGAGCUCGAGUGUUAGUCAAUUAGCUGGAUGACUGUAUCUUUUUCUUGUACCAAAUAAGAUGGAAUAUAAAUAAGGUUAUUAUCUUUUGGUAUAUACUUUUGAAAUUUGUGA